UUCUUUGGAUCUUCAUCUUGCCAUCAUCCACCUGAGUCAUACACAAGCCACAUAAUUCUUUCAUUAGCAAGCAGAACUGCCAUUCUUGUGGCCCUCAACAGUCAUUUGCAGUCAUACUCUCCAUUCAUAAAGAGGCGCAGCGCGCUCUUAACUGUUACACCCUAGUCCUCCUCGAACAACUCUCCUAACGCACAUACUCAUUUCAUCCACAAAAUGUUUUUCUUCGUCUUCAAACUCCUUGGAUUUGGUGUUAAACAAGCCAAAAAGCGCAGGAACGGCGGCGGCCAGCACGACGGCUGGUACAACAACGGUAAUCGCGAGAUGCAAUCCACACCAGGCCAAAUGCUGCGCGGGCCCGGUGACCGACCAGCCAGCAUAUUUCUUCUCGACACUAUCCUCCGCUUCUUCCAAUUCGUCAUGGGGCUUACCGUCAUUGGUCUAUACGGCGUCGACAUCCACCACGCGCACGAGAAGAAAGUGCACGCCGACUCGAAAUGGGUGUAUGCCGAAAUCACUGCGAGCAUCGCCACCAUCACAGCGACGAUCUACUUGCUGUUGCCAUGCUGCAUGAAAUCCCGUUCCUUCGCCAGGAUCCAUGCCACGCAUCUCCCGUCGUUUGUCUGGGAGGGCAUCAUCUGCAUUCUGUGGUUGACGUUAUUCGGUAUUUUCGGGAAAAUGUACAUUGGUGAAAACCCAGAGGGUGAUUCGGGUAUCACGCGCAUGAAGCAUGCGGUUUGGGUGGAUCUGACGAAUCUCUUGCUCUGGGCUAUCUCGGCUACUUGGUGUGGUUUGAGAUGGUGGAAGGGCAAGGCCACGGCGCCGGAGCCAUUUGAGAGUGACAAGAUUUACGAACCUCAGCCACCACUUCAACCCCCUCCUCCUCAAUAUCCUCCUCAAUAAGCCGUCCACACCAUCGUCAUCUAUUGAUACCACGAUAGUGGCUGAAAGCGGGAGAAUGGGGGAAGAGAUGCAGAAACGCUGGUGCCGUUGGAUCUGCAGCCUUUUCUUUGCAUCAUUUUUAUCUUUGCUCAAUAGCUUCAUAGCUGUGCGCCGUUCUGGUGGUUUCAUGUUAGUCUUUACUACUGCAUAAUACUUGGCGUUGUGUCGGCGUUGGCAUGUAAUGCCUUAUCUCGCAUUCAUUAAUUGGGAUAUAAUUAUUUGAAUAAAUGGUGUUCGAAUGUCAUUGGUCGUUAUCAUAAAAGUAACACCUAAACUAUGGUCCAGCUGUAGUAUUAAUAUACAAACAAACCUGAACUUUCAAG